ACCCGCUCUCCCUGCUGUGCCACACACAUAUGACUGACGGAUUACUGAACUGGGAAUGGACCAGGCACAUAAAAUGAGCACCACGGAGAUGAUGGAUUCAGAAAGGUCAUUCACCUUCAAUAGGCAGCUCCUGUUCACCGCCAGUCAAAAUUUAAUCACAAGCCGAAGUAGGAUUCACAGACUCGUACUACCAACUGCAGCUGCCAGGCACACAGACCUGUGGGAAAUAAAGCCACCUGAUUUUAGCCCAAAACUUUACCGUACUUUAAGCUUGCCUCGAAUCAAGAAGAAAACUCUAGACUCAGCUAUACUUAAAGAAGGAUUAGAAGAAUUAUCUCAAAGCCUUGAUAGAAUGCCUCCUGUCAUGCAAUCCAAACAAGAAAAAAAGAGAAAUGUACCAGAGUUUGUCAGAUCAUACAAACCUCCUGCACUACUGGAACUACAGCUACAGUUUGUGAAGUUGGGCCAGUUUCCACGUGAUCCCUACAAAAACCCGAAGCCUCACAAUUUCAGACCUUGUGAUGAAGACCUGCCAGACAUGGUGACCUCCAUAGCAAAGGAUUCUGGAAAUUUGAGCCUUAAGACUCAGUAUUUGGGAGCAACAAUCCAGCCUGAGCCAAAUCCUCCAAAAGAAGAGACAGCUUGGAAAAUGAUUACCUUCAAACCAGCAGAACCCAAAUGGGACACAAGACUCAUACUGCCGAAGUCCCCAUGGCCACCCAUGUCCGCCACAUACACAAGGCAUCGGUGCAGGAGAGGGGUGUACAGUGCAUUUAUGGACCGUGUGGAAGAUAAACUCAGCAGAUCAUGGAUAAAAUAAUAAAAAAUUCUAACAGUCAAAAAAUAUAGUUAUAUAUAAAAUG